CUCCUCUUCCAGAAAGGCAACUAUCAACUCGGACUCUCACAGCUAGGCUGUCAGCGAUAUUUGCAGACAUUUCACUUGUUUAUAUACGCACGUUUUUAUAAAAAAUAAAAAUCCCAGCGACCUGUUUGGCGGCAGCUGCGAAGCUUUUGCAUCACUAAAGCCUUGCUGUAGGUAGCUUAUGUUUGCGUUUUGUGGGCGGAAAAACAACAAACGCUGUUUUUUUUUUUUUUUUUCUGAGUGUGAUUAGCCUUGAGGAGUUUUUAUCAAGUUGUUGAAGCUGAACUUUAACAACAUGAAUGUCUUUCGUCUGGCGGGCGACGUGUCCCAUUUGGUGGCUAUUAUCAUUUUGCUACUGAAGAUAUGGAGGUCCAAAUCCUGCGCUGGCAUCUCUGGGAAGUCUCAGGUGCUGUUUGCACUUGUCUUCACCACCAGGUAUCUUGACCUGUUCACUGUCUACAUUUCAGCUUACAACACAGUCAUGAAGGUGGUGUUUCUGGCUCUGUCCUAUGCAACCGUGUACCUGAUCUACAUGCGCUUCAGGAACACGUAUGAUUCAGAGAACGACACGUUCCGGGUUGAGUUCUUGUUGGUGCCGGUCAUUGGGCUGUCAUUCCUGGAGAAUUAUUCCUUCACCCCAUUGGAGGUCUUGUGGACCUUCUCCAUUUUCUUGGAGUCCGUCGCCAUCAUGCCGCAGCUCUUCAUGAUCACCAAGACGGGCGAGGCGGAGUCCAUCACCACCCACUACCUGUUCUUCCUCGGCCUCUACAGAGCUCUCUACAUCGCCAACUGGCUGUGGCGCUACCAUACGGAGGGCUUCUUCGACCAGAUYGCUGUCGUGUCGGGGGUCGUCCAGACCAUUUUCUACUGCGACUUCUUCUAUCUUUACGUCACAAAGGUUCUUCGAGGGAGAGGAAAGAUGACCCUGCCGAUGCCGAUUUGAAUCCUGCACAGUCGCCUAUUUGUGCCUGCCGCUGGUCCACUUCUGAGCAGACCGUACUCUUCAUCUGUACGUCGACCACAGGACUAACAGUCUUACAUCCGUCUGUAGACCAAAAGAAAAGAGGUUUUCUGUU